AUGCCAUUGACUUGUCAAUUAUAUUAUCCAAAUUCUUCAAAUCAUAAAUUUGUCCCAUCAAAACAAUUUUAUUCAUCAUUAAAUCGUCCUCGACGUUGUUAUAAAUGUCAUCAUUCAGAUGUUGAAACAAAAGAAAAUGCAUGUAUUAAAAAAUUUGCAUUAUCACCAUCGUAUGUUGAAGAAGAAUGUGAUGGAAAAUGUUUGAAAGCCUAUGAAAAAAUUGAAGCACGAACAAAAGAGGAGUUAUUAAAAGAUGAACGUACACCCACAAUACGAAAAUGUGUAUCUCAAACUGAAUUAGAACAUUUACAAUCGAUUAAAAUUACUACAAAAUCCGGUUGUCAUACAAUAAGAACAACAAAAACAAAGCAUAAAGUUAUUCUUGUUAUACUCGAACAUGACAAUAACGAGAAAAACUUGAAAGCACCUAAGAACGGACGAAAAUCUACAAAAUGGCAAAAUUUACGUACGUUUAAGGAAGUUUCAGAUAGAACAUUUACAUAUACGAUUUUAAUUCAACAGGGUCGAACGUAUAUAGUUGCUGUUCCAGAUGAUAAAAUUAAAAGUAACAAAAUCAAACAAGUAUCUAAUGCUGAACAUUAUUCGCCUAGAACAAAUAAAAAAUCAUUUUUAACAAACUCUGACAAAUCUGUCUUCAAUUUAAAAUGGGAAGUUGGUGGCACGGCCGAAAAACAUUAUCAACGUAGUAGAGGACGUUUGGUUGAAGAUAAUCGUGAGGUUUCGCCUAAACAGCCCGACAGUGGUCGGCGUGUUUCUCAUCAUUAUAUUCAGACUGACAAACCACAAAUACUUAUUAAUCCUCCACCAGUUUACUAUUAUCCAUAUGCAUAUCCACCUCCUAUGAUUCCUCAUCCUGUUUAUUAUGAUGGAUCUCAUCUUGUGCCACCUCCACCGCCCGAACCAGUAAUGGAACAUACAACAACACAAGUUGGCAACGGACACAUUUCUCAACGAAUGCUUGAUGAUACAUCAAAAAUUCAUCCAACACUAAAGCGGAAUACGAUAAAACAAGCUGUUAAACAAAGUGAUAAAUCGAUAAAUUUAAUUCGCGGAUUUGAUAAAAUUAAAGUAAAACACCAUUAUGUCGAUUCGCCGGAAAAAGUGAAAGAAUUAAUGCAAAGUUUACAAAAUAAAGGUUACGUACGUUCAGGCAUACAAAUGGAUGAGGAUGAAGAUGAUGACGAUUAA